UAGCUCAGUAGCAAAUAUAUUUAUUACUGAAUACUUGCUUUUAAGCAAUAAUACCGGACAAAAACAUUCUCGUGUUACGAACAUUUUUUUUUACACCGCCGAACGAUCGUUUUCGAUCUGUGUCUUAUAAAAUCGUUACCGCCACUCGAACUAACAAUAUAUCAUUACGGGAAUAGUGUAAGGCAAUUAAACGGAAUCGGAAUAGGAACGCGCUAGAAGGUGUAAACGAAUUAUAUGGAACAAAUAUUCAUAUCAUCGCUCUCAGUAAUCAACUAAUUACUAAUUUUCAGUAAAGAACCAAUUACGUAUCAAGGAUAUUACAACUAGACGAACAUGUCUCUCGGCCGUGUGUCGGGGAUACGGAAUGGUAUGAUGAGAGAGCUAGCAAAGAAGGUGACGGUGCCGAAGCUCGUAAAGAAAUCAAGCAAGAGCCGGUCGUUCCAUUUCCGCUAUCUGGAACUAUGUCGCAACAAGAACCUGACACCGCUACCUGAGAUACGCAAAAAGUCAAAUGAGACCACACUUCUAGAGUUAUACGCCGACAAGCUGACCGUGAGCGACUGGCUCCUGAUCAUCGAGGCCAUUCACCAUGAUCUGACUUUGAAGACCUUUGUGCUGCGCAUGCGUCGCACCUAUCAGCACAAUACAAUUGAUCCCAUCGACACGGAGAAUCGUGCCCGACGCUUUACCCAGCGUCCCGUGAUAUUUACGCGCUUUAUUUUCCGUGCCCUCGUCCAGGCCAUCUCAAAUUGUGUUUUGAGCAACAAGAAUCUCACAGUGGUCAAGCUGGAGGGUCUUCCCCUUUAUGAAGGAUACAUCGAGGGCAUUACCAAGUCGCUGUCCGGCAACGACCGCCUGGAGACAUUGAGCUUCCGCAAGUCCACGCUCGGGGACAAGGGCUGCCAACUGGUUUGCAAUACAGCCAAGUACCUCAACCGCAUUACCAUAGUCGAUCUAUCCGAGUGCAACAUCACCUGCCAAGGGGCCGUUUACGUGGCCGAAAUGAUCAAGAUUCAAAAGAUUUCACGUUUCACGGAGGGGUGGGAGAAAUCGUUGCGCUACCAGACUCCCGAUAUGAAUUCGUUGUUGGGCUUGCGCACGGUUCUUCUCGCGAACAAUCCCAAUAUUGGGGACAAAGGCCUCUCAUGCAUCGUCGAUGUGCUGAAGGAGGAUGCCUGGAUAAGGGUCGUCGACAUGCAGGGCUGUGGCCUGACAGAUGUUGGAGCCAAUGAUAUACUCAGCCUACUGGAUCUGAAUACUUUCAUCAAGGAGUUCCAUGUACGCAACAACGUGGGGAUCAGCCAGGCAUUGCAGCGUACCAUUCACGAACGCCUGCUGCCGCCCGAAAUCGAACAUAAGCAGGAAGACGAGUUCGAUUCCAACUUUUUGAGAGACACAGAAAACGGAAAAUAUCCCCAGGGCAAGAAGGCUACUAUCGUCAAAUUGCUCUCGCACGCCAAGGCCGUUGAGGACAAGCUGGCCUUCGAGCGCGUUCUACGUCAGAAGGCCGAGGACCUGAACUUCAAGCUCACCAAGCAACUAAUGUACAAGGACAGCCAGAUGGCCGAUGACAACGUCUCGCAACGCCCCGAUACGCCCAAAGAUCAUAUGCAAAUGAAGAAGGACGUCAAAGUAUCGCCGACACCCCGCCAGAUGCGCAAGACCAACGAAUAUAUAGAAAUGAAGGAAGACUUCCAAGAGUCGCCAACACAUCGCCAGAUGCGCAAGACCAAGGAAUAUAUGGAGAUGGAAGAAGACGUCCCAGAGUCGCCAACAUAUCGCCAGAUGCGCAAGACCAAGGAAUAUAUGGAAAUGAAGGAAGACGUGCCAGAGUCGCCAAGAUAUCGCCAGAUGCGCAAGACCAAGGAAUAUAUGGAAAUGAAGGAAGACGUGCCAGAGUCGCCAAGAUAUCGCCAGAUGCGCAAGACCAAGGAAUAUAUGGAAAUGAAGGAAGACGUGCCAGAAUCGCCAACAUAUCGCCAGAUGCGCAAGACCAAGGAAUAUAUGGAAAAGAAGGAAGACGUGCCAGAGUCGCCAACAUAUCGCCAGAUGCGCAAGACCAACGAAUAUCUGGAGAUGGAAGAAGACGUGCCAGAGUCACCAAAAUAUCGCCAGAUGCGCAAGAACAAGGAAUAUAUGGAAAUGAAGGAAGACGUGCGAGAGUCGCCGAAAUAUCGCCAGAUGCGCAAGACAAACGAAUAUCUGGAGAUGGAAGAAGACGUGCCAGAGUCACCAAAAUAUCGCCAGAUGCGCAAGAACAAGGAAUAUAUGGAAAUGAAGGAAGACGUGCGAGAGUCGCCGCAAUAUCGCCAGAUGCGCAAGACCAACGAAUAUCUGGAGAUGGAAGGAGACGUGCCAGAGUCACCAAAAUAUCGCCAGAUGCGCAAGACCAAGGAAUAUAUGGAAAUGAAGGAAGACGUGCGAGAGUCGCCGAAAUAUCGCCAAAUGCGCAAGACCAACGAAUAUCUGGAGAUGGAAGAAGACGUCCCGGAGUCGCCGCAAUAUCGCCAGAUGCGCAAGACCAACGAAUAUCUGGAGAUGGAAGGAGACGUGCCAGAGUCACCAAAAUAUCGCCAGAUGCGCAAGACCAAGGAAUAUAUGGAAAUGAAGGAAGACGUGCGAGAGUCGCCGAAAUAUCGCCAAAUGCGCAAGACCAACGAAUAUCUGGAGAUGGAAGAAGACGUCCCGGAGUCGCCAAAAUAUCGCCAGAUGCGCAAGACCAACGAAUAUCAGGAGAUGGAAGAAGACGUGCCAGAGUCACCGACAUAUCGCCAGAUGCGCAAGACCAACGAAUAUCUGGAGAUGGAAGAAGACGUCCCGGAGUCGCCAAAAUAUCGCCAGAUGCGCAAGACCAACGAAUAUCUGGAGAUGGAAGAAGACGUGCCAGAGUCGCCGACAUAUCGUCAGAUGCGCCAGACCAACGAAUAUCUGGAGAUGGAAGAAGAAUACCUCUCAGGAUCAUCGACUUAUUGCGCGACACUGGUGGGCAGCUCCAUGACUACCCCGGAGUUGACUCCACGCAGCGACGCGAAAACGCUGUGUCCGUACGAUGAAUCUGAGGAUACCGAUAGCCGUUCCCAGGGAAUGGACCCAAUGGAGUUCAGCCAUUUGGACGUUCGCAAGGUGCGCAGCGAGAUGAAAUACGUUGAGAGUAACGUGAAUGAAGGCAAAAAGAAUCGCGAGUCGAAGUCUGACCACGAGUUCGCCAACGAACUACAUUUCAAGCUAAACUCGAUGGUACAUUUCGAGCGGGAUAUUGGCGACAGUGCCAAAGUGUCCGCCAAACAAGCUCAUCGUUACGAAGACGCCGGAGACGAGCAGGACAUUGGUCCUACAUCCAUGAUUCAGGACGGUUCUAAGCAAGUCGUGGAGCAAAUCAAUCUGCCAACUAAGAAGAAGACAGGCGUGGUCAAGGCCGGACAAAAGCAACGUCGUGCUCGUAACGAUGGAGGCGGUGACGGACAAUGCAACUCCGUAGAACAAUCAGAGCAUCACAUUGGGCCCACUGUCAUGAUAAAGGACGGUCAAACACAGGAACAAGAUCGUAAUGAUGGUGGUGGAGACGGCAAGCGUUCGAAGGUGGCAAAACAGCGACGCCGUGCUAAGAUGCCGGACAGUAUCGGUUAACAUGUUUGUUUGCAUGUAAUGUUUGUCCGUUUUUUUGUUUCAUAUUUUAUAAAGCAAACCCAAAUUAAUGGGAGUACUAAAAGUAGA